GAUUGCGGCCAGGUUUAGUUACUUCCCCAUAUUUCAAUGGUUUGGUCCUUGUCUACAUCCGUAUCCGGUUUUCGUAAACAUGGCGUCGAUGAGCAAAGAAGAAUAUCUGAAACGCUAUUUAUCGGGUCCAAGCGAAGAAACGAAGAAGAAGAAGAAGAAAGCAAAAGUGAAAUCUAAGACCAGUAUCCGUAUUGUAGAUGAUGACGUAGACUGGCGUGCCAUUGCCCCAGAUGUGAAUGAUGAACCAGAGGCUUUGGAUAUAGAAGAGGAGAAACCAUCGGUUGCCGGGGUGAUUGAUGAGAGACCAGACGAGGAAGUACAGCUGGAGGCCUUCAGGCAGAGCGACAAGUGGAGGCUCAUGGGAAAAGAUAUAGAUAAAAACAAGUCUGGAAAAGGAGGGUUCCACAGUGUCAACAGUCCAAGCCAAUCACCAAGAAGAAGACACGAUUCUGACAGUGACCAAUCACCACCAAGGAGGCAGAGAAAUGGAUCAGACUCUGACCAAUCACCUCCCAGGAAAGGGAGACAGCAGUCAGAUAGUGACCAAUCACCACCCAGGAGAAAGAGACAUGACUCUGACCAAUCACCACCCAGAAGAAAGAGACAUGACUCUGACCAAUCACCUCCCAGGAAAAGAAAACCUAAUUCAGACAGUGACCAAUCCCCGCCAAGAAGGAAAAGACAUGAUUCUGACCAAUCACCACCCAGAAAAAGAGGGCGUGACCAUGGCACUAACCAAUCACCAAAGAGAAGAAGGCAUGAUUCAGAUGAUGAUCUGUCCCCACCCAGGAGAAGAGCUGAUGCCGAUGAAGACUUGUCUCCACCUAGAAGACGUCAGAGACACGACUCCGAUUCCGACCUGUCCCCUCCAAGGCCUUCCCGCGCAGACUCUGACCAGUCUCCACCCCGACAGAAACCCUCGGACGGAAGACGGAAGGACAAACAACAGAGGAAGUCUGACCAGUUAGAGAUGGGCACAGGUCUGAGUGGUAAGAGAGCUGGACUACAGGAUGCCCAGUCACUCAGGGAGGAGGCAAAGAUGAUCAAAGCCAAGGAGAAGGCGAUGUUCGACCGUAUGAAUGAGGAGGUUUCUGGUAAGAAUGCGGAGACCGUGUACCGUGAGAAGGGGCGUAAACGGGACCUGAAAGCGGAGAAGAUCAAACAGCGAGAAGAAGAAAACAAGGCACGGGAAGAACAGGAGAAAUAUAUGGAGUGGGGGAGAGGUGUUGCCCAGACCAAACAGCAGGAGGCAAACAUAGCAGACCAUCUGAAGGAGAUGGACAAGCCGCUGGCCCGUUACCGUGACGACAAUGACCUGGACCAGAUGUUGAAGGAACAGGACAGGGAGGGGGACCCCAUGUUAGCUUUCUUGAGUAAGAAGAAGAGUAAAGGCAAGGAUGGAAAAGAGCGCCCCAGGUACAGUGGCCCCGCCCCUCCCCCCAACAGGUUCAACCUCUGGCCUGGGUACAGGUGGGACGGAGUGGAUCGGUCCAACGGGUUUGAGAAACGAUUCUUCCAGGCACAGGCCAAUAAGAGAGCAGUAAAGGACGAGGCGUACAAAUGGAGCGUAGAAGACAUGUAGACAACGUUAACUUGAUACAAUAGAUAUGUUGUAGGGGUAGGUACCAGUACAGAAAAUUCAGGUACAGCUACGGUCCAGGUCUAGAGGAUCAGGUCCAGGUCUGGACAUGAACCUGGACCUGAUUCAGUAUGUAAAAUCUUGUGAAUGGACAAUACUCACAACAAUGGUCCUUCUCACAAAAAAGAAAUCUGUUCUGUGGAGUAUUCAACAUCCGCUGGUGUUUUAAAAUCCUACAAGGCUAACUGUCUCUGUACGAUUGACUGUAAAACGCUAACUGCGAAACAUGUGAAUGCCCAGAUCAAGUAAUUUGUACAUUUUCUCGUAAUAGGUCCAACAUUUGGUUCACCUGAUUGACUGUAAAACUUGGUAGAAAUGGUAGACUUUACUCUUCUUCACUCAUGUUAUUUUCUUCACCCCUAAUAUGUUAGUUACCCCAGAAAUUAAACAUAUCAUAAUUGACGUCACAAAGAUUUUAUACGCCUUUUCUGUACACAAAGUAAAGUUUGUACAAUGCAAGACCAUUUGACUACUUCUAGGCAAUGAAGUAACUUGAUGGAAAAAAGCCUAUUUACUUAUUGUGCACAGAAAUAGCAUACAAAAUAUCAAUAUCAAUUAAAGGUAAAAAAAGAAUUGUUCUGUUUGAUAUACCUCUGAAACAAUACAUUAGGACAAAUAACUGGUGUUAUAUGUGUGUUGUGCUAAAUUUGAAGAAAAAGCUAGAAUUUACAUAGUUUUACAGAAUAUUCUUUCGAGAGAGUCUCGCUUUGUUAUGAACAGUGUUGAUGUAUUUCUACUCUUUUCAAAACAUAAUUUUUUAGGCAGCAACUCAUAACUGAUGUUGUAGUGUGAAAAGUUUUACCAAAUACAGUACAUUUUGUUGAAGAGAUGGCAUACACUGUAAAGACAACUGACUCAGAAUAUGCACAGUUCUCUGUAGAUGUUUUUUUAUUGUAAAAACCAUUAAAGGCUGUGUAUUUGGUAACUGUC